UUGAAACUAACGGAACAGCUGCUGAAUCAUUCGAUAAGUUCGUAGAGGUAACGCUGUCGUUCGAUAAGUUGCUAUCGGCCGAGCAACUGAUUGACAAAAACACAUUUUUGGGAACUACGGCUGUUGGCAGAAGGGCGAUAAAUUCCAUAUAAUUUUGGAAAUUACAAGGAAAGACGAAACCUUCAACGAACAUCGCACUUAGCAAGUAAUGUAAAAGUUCCGUCUUCGCCUCGAUGUCUUCAGCACAACGUCAGAAGCAGUUCGACUUGAACCGCGGUACCAACGCAACAGCAAAUGAAAACAAAAUAACAAUGAACACAAACUCGAAUUCGAAUUCGCCCGGACAACGUAAGCUGCAGGUCUCGAUGGAGCGUCUGCAAGUACAACAGCCAAAUAUCAAUAGACGCGCCGCGGGCUCCAAUUGGCAGGCAGCAGCAGCCGUCGGCAGCGAGAAUCAAAAGCAGCCAGCAGCAAAUAUGAGCGGAGAGGAUUCCAACGGCACCUUGUCCAAGUCGGCGCGUGCACGUCUUAAGCGUAAGGCACAGCGCAAUCGGUACUUGGCCAUGGACUGCGAGAUGGUCGGUGUGGGAUUCAAUGGCCAGGACGACAUGCUGGCACGUGUCUCCAUUGUAAACAAGGUGGGUGAAGUGCUGCUGGACAAGCACGUAAAGCCCCGCGCGCCAGUUACAGAUUACAGGACCGCCGUCUCGGGCAUACGCCCGCACGACAUCGAGAAUGGCGAGGAAUUCGAGGCUGUGCAGGAUGAGGUGGUCAAGCUGCUGCAUGGAAAAAUACUCGUCGGCCAUGCCCUGCGCAACGAUCUCGCCGUGCUGAACAUCAAACAUCCCGUGGCCCAUAUCCGCGACACCUCGCGCUACAAGCCGCUCUGCAAGCUCGUCUCCAACGGCCACACACCUAGCCUGAAGCGCCUGACCAUGGCCGUGCUCGGCCAGGAGAUACAGACGGGCGAGCACAACUCUGUGGAGGAUGCACGCGCCGCCAUGGGCAUCUACAAUCGAAUUGCCGCCGACUGGGAGAAGUAUCUGGAGCGGCGCCAGUAGAAAUGACGACAGUAGCAGAGUAAACGAAUCAACUAUCAUUAGGUCAUUGUCAUUGGAUUUUAAU